AAUAAAAUAAAUUAUGAUCGAUGUCUGACGAGAUUCAUGAACAUGACGCUAAACUCAAAAUUGAUGCGAUCAAUCAACCCCAAAGAUCAGCACCAAAUAUACUCAAUAAUUCAAAUUCGAUUAAAAUUGAUGACAAAUACAUCUUAAAACUAGAAAAAAAUGUCAAAAAUGUCAAAAAUGUCAGCAAGGUACGCAAAUCUACCUGCAAGUUGCUUCAGUUCUCAUCCGAAUGGAGUUUUGAAGAAGUUUUGAAAAGAAUUGAUGAGCUAGACCACAUUGAGUAUCCACAGCUGUUCAUUUUUGUCAUUGCAGCAACAAAUUAUUCAUUAAUUAAAGAUAAAAUCGAACAAUUGAAAGCAAGUCUGCUUAAAUUUGGCUCAACACGUCCUUUACUUGUCCAAUUGACAUCAGAAAAUGAAAACUUUACAAUAUUUUACUACAAAGAAGAAUCGUCAAGCUUCCUGCUGGCUUCAUAUCCAACAUUUUGGACGACAAGCGAGAAAUUUACAAAUUUUCCACAAUUUUUAAAUUUAUUUUUGAAUGGAUUCAUCGACGGUGCUGAUUUAAAAGUUCUUGCUGCUCAAGAUGUGAUUCUGGAUCGCUCGAUUAUUUUAAGAUUCUUAUGGGCAUUAAAUUUUCCGGUUGGAUUUUUCCAAAGUAUUAUUUUCAAUGUUGUCAAAAAAAGUACAUUCGCGGAAUUUUUAGCUGCUUUGGAUGCACCAUUUGAAAAUGCAGGAAGUUUUUUGAGCAAUACAGCACAACAAUAUAUAUGCAAUGUAGUUGAGGAUGACGAGGAUUUAACAAAAGAUGAAUCAAUUAUUCUCACAGCCAUAAAAUGUGAAAACUAUCAUGUCGUCGAUUAUUUGAUAAAUUAUUGGACUCACUUGAUCCAGCAACUUCCAUUUAAUCACCAAAUAAAAGUUGUGACAACGGCAUUUGAGACAAAUCAAUUUGAUGUUCUUUGUGACUUGCUAGAUUACGCUGAUUAUCCAUUUCCAACAAAUUUUAAUGUAAAUUCGGUAAUUCAUAAAGGAUUUAAAAGUAUCAUUGCUGAAAGAGAAAGUCUUGCGGAUGCAAUUAAGGAUGAUAAAAUGCACAAAAUUGAAGAAUUUAUCAACGAUAAUUCAUACUCUAAAGUUGGUUACAAUAUUAAUAAUAAGUCAGCAUUAAAACAAUCUGCUGAAGCUUCAAAUUUUAAAAUCUUUAAUUUCUUAAAAUCUAAAGAAUUUUAUUCAGCAAAUCCAAAUGAAAACUUUAGAGAAGCAGAGAAAGAUGCCAAAAAAUAUACAGCACAACAUAGAAAACUAAAUGUUAACGAAGCUCUUCUAGAUGACCAAAAGACUAUCAAUUCAUUAUGCAACAGACAUCUUCAAGAUAUAUGCGGAAACCUGCUUAGUUCUCAAAACAUUUUUGUUGAACCAGACAAACUUAAUCAUGAGCAACUUUUGGACGAUUUCAAUCAAAUUUGUCUUGACAAUCAAGGUUUAAGGAUCAUUUUUGAUUGCUCCAAGGAAAUUCCAGAUUAUUUGGGCAAAAUCUUUUUUACUGAGGAUCAAAGUGUCAUAUUUGUUGUGACUAAUCAUAAUAAAGCUAAAGAGCUUCGCAAAAUUUUUAAGAAAAUAGGGCUGAAAGGCGUCCUUGAUAUACAAGUGGAUUACAGUUGGAAUGACUUGACAGAAGAAAGUCAAAAUUUGAUGCUGCAAAGUAAAAUUAGCUUUCAGAACAAUUCAGAAAUUGCAUUAAAUGAUUUAUUAAAGAAUAAUGAUGGAGCAUCAAGUCAGGACGAUCUAAUUGAGUUGUUUGACAAUCAAUUGUUAACAAUGAUACUUGAUAAUGAGCAAAUGUUCAUAAAUACAAUCCAACAAGACGAUAAAAUUUUCAAUUUAUUGUAUCAACAAAGACGUUUUAACGAAAAAAACAAAAUUUCCCAAACUAAAGAAUUUGAACCAAAUACUUCAAAAAUAAAAGGAUUAAUUUCUGGAAUUUUAAAGGUUCUAAUAAUAUUAUUUGAUACGCCUUUUAAGCCAAAUAUGGACGCGUUAAAAAAUGUAAUAAAUAUAACAAAGUAUUCUGAAGAUGAACUCAUUUCCAAUGUUAAAAACAAUCAAUACAUCCUCAUCUCAGACAUUGCUGGAAAUGGCAAAAGUUGGUCCAUGAAGCACAUCACAAAAGAACUAUGCAAAUUAAAUCCAACAAGUUGGGUGAGUUAUGUGGACUUGAAGCAGUUCAUUGACAAGUUUGAGCCACAAAAUGGCAAGCAUGACUUUGAAAAAUUCAUGAUUGAGAACAUUUUGAAGCCACAGCAGCAAUGGGAGGUUACAAUCUUCAGAAAACUUUACCGCGAAGGACGAGCAUUCAUCCUAUUUGAUGGAUUUGAUGAAAUUGCUCCAGAUUGUGCUGAAUUUGUCUCAGAAUUAGCUCAGAAUUUUCAACAAAAUGGCGGGAAUCAACUAUGGAUGGCAUCUCGAGACUACUUUGAAGUUGAUUUAAAAGAAAAGUUGAAGCUCGAUAAGGCUCAAAGUCUUGAUGAGAUGACCGUUGAAGAUGGGGUUCAAUUAAUAGCUAAAAGUUGGGUGUCAAUGGAUCAAGAAAAGGUCCAAAAAGAACCAAUAUCAGAAAAAGAAUUAAACGAUUGCAUCAAAAUUUCUCCAAAUUUUGAUAAUUAUCAGCAAAAAGCUCGUCAAAUCAUUGAGAAAGCUUUAAUAUCAAGAAAUGAUUCUGUUGGUCUACCACAAUUGUUUAAAAUGAUUGUUGAUGGUUUCAAGGAUGUUAAGAACGUUGACGACUUGCAAGGAACCAAAAUAUAUGACAAGUUCGCAGAUACGGUAUACACAAGGUGGUCGGAUGAAAAAGGCAAGAUCAGAAAAUAUGCAAAUGUAAAAAGUCUUCGAUUUGAUAAUAAUUUUUGGAAAUUUCAUCAAUAUCAUGCAAUCUUGAGCUUAUUUCCAGUCCUGGUAAUGAUUUUCUUUGGCAAUUACGAUGGCAGUGAAUGGCCAGAAGAAGAAGUCAUCGCUUGCGCAUUAAUGAACAAGAAAAAUGGAAAAUAUUACUUCAUUCACGAGACUUUCCGAGAAUUUUUUGUUGCUGAGGCAAUUGCUAAAGCCAUAAAGAAGGAGAAGAUUGAUGCAAAAGUGAUGAAAAUUUUUGAUGAAAUUAUGAGCAUUGAAAAGUUUAAGAUAGUUCGAAUGUUUCUGUUCAAUCAUUUAAAUGAAGAAAUUUUAUUAGAACAUUUCAGGUUAAAAAUUAAAAAAUUAAUUUUUGAAAAAAAUCAUAUUUUUAGCGAAUUUUUUUCUGGCAAUCACGACAACCUUACUGAUUAUGCAAUUGACGUUUUGAAAGGUAAAAGCUAUGAAACAAGUAAAGAAUUUAUUUAUAAACACUCCAAUUUUGUCAUCAACACAACACGAAGCUCAAAGAUGUUUGAAAAAUUUCAAAACUUUUGUUUCGACAUUUUUAAAUCUAAUUUUAAAGAUUUUGAAGAUUUCAUAAUCAAAAAUGAAGUUUUUCACAAAAUAAUUCAAUCUAAUCUCGAAAUUGAAGUUUUUCAAGGUUUUAUAAACAAAAUGGUUGAGAAAACUAGUUGUGAAUUUGUUAAAAAGGCAAUGAUGACACAAACUAGCUUUGUGUUUGCAUUACAGAAUAAUAUUUUUUACUCCUUAUCCAUUUCCUCAAAAUUAAAUGCUCACAAAGUUCAAAAAUUCUUAAAAAUAUUGGAAAAGUUCUUUACACAAGAUGCAUUAUUUGAAUUAAUGAGUAAGACAAACGCAGAAGGACUUAAUAUUUUACAAACUUGCGUUUGGGUUGGAAAUGUAGAAAAUCUCAAAAUCUUAUUAACAGAAAUCGAAUAUUAUUUUAAAGAAAAAAAAUCUCAUGAAUUGUUUGAAAAACUGCUUAUGCAGUAUGACAAAUUUGGUACACAAUUAACUCAUACAAUGGCCAAUAGGAACAAUAUUGAAUGUCACAAAGCUUUUUGGAAACUUUUAUUUAGAACAUUCGAAGAUCGUGAAGAGUUAAAAAAGUUUAUUCUUUCCCCAAACUUUAUUGGGAACUGCAUUGCCACUGAAAUUAUUGGAAGAACUACAGAUCCAGCAAUUGCUAAGUUCACGUUAAAUAUUCUUAAAGAUAACUUUAAACAGCAGCAGCUAAAGGAAAUUUUAUUUUCAAAAAAUUCAUUUAAUAUAAAUUUUCUUCAACUAGCUGCACGUCCUUUUGAGCCAGUCGAAUUUAAAACUAUUAUGAUUAAAAUUUGUGAAGACAUUUGCCAACCGAAUGAUUUAAAUUUUGAAAUUUCUUUUGAAAUUUUUUUAUUUGAACUUUUUAAUUUCGUUUAUACUUUAAUUUACAAGAGAAAAUUAAUUGAAACCAAAGGCAAAUCAUUAUUUUAUCCUGCUUAUUUCGCAGAUUUAUAUUAUUACGAAAAGAAAACCAAUUUUGGUUAA